GACACCACUGCACACUUAACUCUCUCACACUAAAUGCAACAACACACUUCCUUCUUCCAAACCCUAACACAGCGCUAACAAAACCCCUCAUCCUCGCCCUUUCUCUCUAGCUCUUGCUGCAUUUUCCGGCUAUGUGAUUCCGAUGAAACUUGGAGCUUUCUGGUUGAAAACACAGCUUUACGUUUUUGGAAAUGGCUUCGGCAUGCGUCAACAACAUCGGGAUGUCGCCCGAUAACUUCCUUGACUGCCCUCCGGCGACCUACCCUUCUUACGGCUGGCUUAGUCCUCGCGUCUCUUUCAGCCGCGAGGAAGACCCGUCCAAGCUCGCCGGACCCAAACAGCUCUCUCCGGUGGCCGAGUACUCGUCAGAGAAGCCAGAUCCGGAAGCUCCGUCCGGAGAUUUCGAGUUCAGGCUCGAAGAUCCGGUCGCUAUGCUCCCGGCCGACGAGCUCUUCUUCGACGGGAAGCUGAUGCCGCUGCUGCUCUCUUCGGUCAAACCUUCCCUGAACGAGCCAACGACCUCGUCCGAGAUCAGGUCACCGGAGUCGGCCAAGUCUCGACGAAGAACUGAAAUCUCCGGUACGGACCCAUACCUGUUCUCUCCAAAAGCCCCGAGGUGUUCGAGUCGUUGGAAGGAGCUUCUGGGGCUGAAGAAGCUGUACCAGAACACUAACCCCAAAACUGAGAGCCACAAAACGACGUCGUGGUCGUCGUCUUCGAGCACGAACCCCAAGUCCCUGAAGUAUUUCCUCCACAGGAGUUCGAAAUCUUCGUCUUCAUCGUCCUCUGACGCUUCGCAGAGCUUCCCAUUGUUGAAGGACUCCGACUGUGAGUCCGUCUCCAUGUCCUCGCGUCUCUCUCUGUCGUCCUCGUCCUCGGGUCACGAGCACGAAGAUCUCCCGAGGCUCUCGCUCGACUCGGAUAAGCCGAACGCGAACCCGAACCCAAAAUCCCUUCAGCGGCCAAGAAUGAGAAUAGUGAAGCCGAGGGUGGCAGUAUCGUCGGAAAAUAAUCCGAAUCCGACGAGGGUGGGACGGAGCCCGAUGAGGAGGGCAACGGCGGGGGAGCAGUCAGGUGGGGUGGGGAGUAGGGGGGUUUCGGUGGACAGCCCCAGAAUGAACUCGUCGGGGAAGAUAGUGUUUCAGAGCUUGGAGCGGAGCUCAAGCAGUCCCAGUAGCUUCAACGGCGGGCCCAGAACGUUCAAGCACAGGGGAAUGGAACGCUCCUACUCGGCCAACGUCAGGGUGACUCCGGUUCUCAAUGUUCCGGUUUGUUCGCUACGGGGAUCCUCCAAGUCCGUCUCCGUCUUUGGAUUCGGUCAGCUUUUCUCGUCGCCGCAGAAGCGAGAAGGGAACGGAGCCGGUGGGAGCAACAGAGGAUCGCAUGGUAAUAGCAGGAACCGCAGCGAUCGAACCUGAGCGAACGAAAAGAAUAACGUAUGACAUAUAUCGUUCGUUUAGGGGUAGGUGGUUAAUUGCUUCUUGUUUUCUAUUUUGCUUUUAACUGAUUUUAGAUCGUGUAAAUAUGGGGGGAAUUUCUUCUUGUUGCCGUAGGUUUUCAUUGUGAUUCUACGUUUUCUGCUAACAUUGAUGGUAAAAGCUAAGCCCAGGGGUAGUAGAUUUCCAGGAUCUGUAGGAAUUGGUCUUGGUUUGUUCAUCUUCUUGAUCGGAAAGA